AUGUCUACGUUAGUACCUUCGGCAAGCAGCUGUUAUGGAUUACGAUUGCCACCAACAGAAAAGGAUGAUCGACUCAAUUUGAAUGUGAGGACCGGCUCAGCAUCCACUCUUUAUAAAUCAUUGGUAUUUACGUACGGAGGGCUCACUAUAGGAUUGGAUAUUGGGGAUGAGAGUGUGGACGAGCUAAUUCGGAUUUUCCAUCUGAAAAUAUCGAAUUUGAAAUCUAAUCUGAUCGACAAAUAUCUAUCGGGAGAGUUUUUUUAUCUUGAUUUGAUCGAAAAGUAUUGGACACGGGUGGAUAUACCGAGCGGUGAACGAAAGCCUAAACCUAGGGUAUUUCAUGAGAUAACGGCGGUUAACAACUGUAUUUAUGUAUUUGGAGGGUUGAUUGUGAAUGAGAAAUAUGAUAGCCACACACACGAAGAUACUAAUGAAAGAGAAUUGGUGCCAUGUAACGAUUUAUGGGAGUUUAGCCUUGAGUCUCGAAAAUGGAAUUUGCUUCAUGAUGGUAGCAAGUAUGAAUAUGAUGCGGCUGUUCCUAGACCGAGGUUUAGUCACAAGAUGACGACUUUGAGCAGCUUGUCAUUUGCUAACAGGAAAGAUCAUUUUGGUAUAUUUAUAGCAGGUGGAAGAGAUGACGAAUCAAGGCCGUUGUAUGACAAUUUUGUGUUUGAUCUUGUGACAAAGGAAUACGUGGGGUCAUCACCUAUUGAACUAACACUCGACACCAAGAAAAACAGUCAAAAAUUUCGAAAUGUCAAUAGCAUAGUUACUUCAGAGGACUAUAAAAUUAGUGUCGAUUAUGUUAAUAAUGUGAUAAUUAGUUUCAUUAAGGAACCCACUCACCAUCAUCAUCAUUCUCGUACCAGAUCAACAAAUAAAGCUAUACUGAGCGAUUAUACAAGUACUAUGGAAGGUGAUGAAUCACUUAUAGUGUAUUCGCAAGUUGAUUCAUCGAAAGACCAGUCAAUAAACACAUUGCUAUCGUUUAAAGUUGGAAAGUCCAUAAAAGAAGGUAAAAUAUUACCAGUACAUAACAAGGUUCUGACAAAAGAAAACGAGACGAAGAGGAUAACGAACCAUACCAUUCCUUACAACUUGAAAUUUCCUACGGGUGGAUUGUUUGGUCAAAAUAUCGUCAUUACAGGAUUCUUACCCAAUGAUAAUGAUAUAUGUGUUUUCAUUUACAAUAAACCAACAGGUAAAUGGUCUAGACUAAAUUUUUUUUGUGAUCAUGAUUAUGGCUCGCAUAGAUGUUGGGGAGGGUUUGCAUGGCAAUCACAUCAUAAGGUUGUCUUACUCGGUAAUUACCUAACAUCUCGGACUACAAGUAGCAUUAGGUAUUUUACUUUAAUGAUCACAGUGAGCUUGCCAAUUACAAAUAUCUUAGCAAGUUUGGAAUUAGAGGGAGGCCAUUAUCAUUGCCCUGAUGGCACAAAAGUGUUCUAUAAGGACGAUAAUUCUUCCACUGACGAUAAUAAUAGGGAUAGGAUUAGCGAAGAAGAUGCUUAUUCAUCAUCCGAUGCAUUAAGUGAUGGUGAAAAGAAGAUGCUUAAAAGACAUCAUAGCGUCUCUGCUUCCAGUGAUAAGGCUCCUCAAUCAAUAAGCUUUAGUGAAUAUGUUCAUUACGUAGCCCCAAAAACAAAGUUCACCACUAUUAGAUCAGUCUUCCCGCCAGCGGCUAUAACCUUGGGUAGAAAUGCCAUGGAUAGAUAUGGUGAUUUGAUAUCUGACUUUGAAUUGGUUUCAUCUAAAGGUGAUAGGAUACCGGUAUCCUUGAGGAUUUUAAUGGAACGGUGGGGUAGAUAUUUUGUUCAGCUAUUAGCAAAAGGAUAUGUCCAGGCUGUGGAUAGGUUUGAACGUGAUCAACAGUUAGACUCUGAGUCUACAAGGAAUGCAUCUUCAGCAUCAGAAAGUAUGAAUUCUGCAAACAAAACUCAAAACAAGUUAAGAUCGUCGAUGAGUACAUGUGGCGGUUCUUCGAUUUCAUCCAGCAAUUCUGAAGUUAGUAUUAACCAAAGUAAACCAAGUAAAAAGGGACACCAUCAAUCGUCGUAUCACGUUUCUAUCCCUGCGCCAUCUAAGUAUUCUAAGGAGCCUCCACAGUUCAGACUACCCUUCCAGGAGCUGUCGCUCACGAAUAAUUCAGUUUCAGAGAAAGCAAAUGAAACGAUUAACCAACAUUUCGAAGAAACAAAGCGUGGAAUAGAAACGAAUAAUAACGAAAAAUUGCCUGAUUUGCCUGGCUCGUCGCAUAUAAAGGAUGAGCAACCUGACACUUCCCGUAAAGGAUCAGUCAGUUCAUUCUCAAGCUCUAAUUCCUUAUUAAAUUCCCAUCUCCAGAACAUUCCACCUCAAUUACCAUUACCUAAUGAGCCAAUUCCAGCAGUUCCUGCUUCAACAUCAUUUAGAGGUUCGUCAAGAAAAAAUUCAGCAGAUUUAAAUUCACCCAGAGCAUCACUUAUGUAUACUUUGACAGCCUUGAGGAAUAUACCUGCUACAAAAUCUCCCAGGGAGUCGCCAUUUUCUUCUCCGCGAGCAUCAGUGUCUGGAGGCCCUGCACCAAUGGGAAACGAAUUACUGAGUCUAGCAAUUCCAAACUUGAAACAAAGCUCUCUUUCUACUGACAGAAAUAAUCAUCGUCUCACAAGAUCGCUAGACAGUUCACCAAAUGGUUCUACCGACGCUCUUCCGAUUAAGACGGCUGCCGGGGAAUGUAUAACAGAUCAAAAUUUUAGAAAUAAGAAAGUCUCGAAUAGUUCUUCAAUGGCAUCACUGGAAACAUUUAAUCUGGAUAAGAAAUUUUCUCCGUUAUCAUCAAUCCAACCAAACACCAAUAAAAUAUAUGCGAAGGAUGCAGAUGACCGUCAAGAUUAUGAAGAAACGAAUACUACUGAAGCAAAUAAUUCUCUUUUUAGUAACCCAUUAUUAGAUUUUGAAAAUGCGGAGAGUGGGAAAUUCAGAAUGGAGCCGUCGCUCAUCCCAAGAAAGCUUUAUAUGCCAUUUGCAACUAGUUCAAUCAAAGCAUUCUGCGAAUAUUUAUAUACCGGCCAAGUUGGUAACAAAUGGCUUUUAUCGCCAGUCACAUUGGAUAAUUUGGCAAUCUCAAAAUUUUUGGAUGUUCCGUUAUUAUAUGAUUUAAUAAGCGAAGUUUUGUUUGGUGUUAUUGGUAGGAAGGAAUCAUUUAUUAUUAGAGAAGGUAAUAAGUUGAAAAGAAGAUAUCACGAAUUAUUAGAGUUAACAGGUUCGGUUAAGGAAUCGGGGUUUAAGUUCCCUUUAGACGAGUACGAAGGUUUUAUGGAUACUAUUGAUGAUGGGUUUUUAGAUAUCACAUUACUAAAGAAGUCAUCAGCUAGUCAUAAGGAUAGUUCAGCAUCGGCAAUGAGUAGCAAGAGGAAUAAGCUGUCUUUAAAUUCAGCGUCAUCAUUUCGUUAUUCCAUAAGUAUUGAUGAUAUUAAUGAGAAUGCAAUGUCGCUAAGGGAAGUACCAAUCGAUGAGACGUUGAGAUCAACAAAUACCGAAAGUAACCAAGAGAAUAUUCCAACUAACAAUCAAGAGGAAUCAACCGACGAUUCUAUUGAAAAAUCUACUUCUAAUAGCGAAGAGGAUACGGACUUCGAACUUGGCUAUUUAGAUGCUAGAGAUAAUCUGUCAUUAAACGUUGGCCCUCGAGCAAAAUCGAUCUUCGAUAAAUCUGGGACAGACAUGCAAUUUCAUAGUGCCCUUGAUAACGAUCAAAAGGAAAAGGAAAGCGAAAUGGAAAAGUCUAAAAGCUUGAAUCUUACGCUCGAGCAGUUAGUAAGUCCACAGUCGCCAUUACCAUCUGAUUAUACGAUCGACUUGAUAUAUGAAACUGCCACACUUUGUAGAGAUAUAAAGUUGAUGCUAAGAGCAGCAAACGUGAAGAAUAUGGGUGACGUAUUUAAUCAGAGUAAGCUUGAAUUGAAUAUAGCCAUAGAAGAAUUAGAGAAUAAGUACGAUGAACAACAAAAACAACAAGAUGAAGAGCAGAAAAUUGAACACCCACAAUUCAAAGGAAAGAUACCAUCUCAGCCUUCUGGAAAUGAAUCUGAUACUGGUUUGGAGCAUAUUAGAUCUAACAUGUCGUCUUCAUCAUUAAGCACGUUAGGGCUUAGAAGCGUUGAUUUGGAAAAAACGAAAUCAAAUACAGGUUUUAGGGCCAUCGGAGGGUUUGGCCCAUUUAAGAGUAAAACUGACUUAAAGGCACUGAAGAUGACCUCAUUCGAAAACAACAAGGAAUUAGAUAGAAGAAUUACUAGGCUGAUUAAGAACGAUGAAAAAUUAAAACUGAAGACUGCUAAGGAUGAGAAGUUGAAGCGACUCCAAGAUCAAAAAUUGGAAAGAAGACAGACAGACAAGCCAAAAUUAAUGACAAGAAAGAGUAUAUUUACAAAGUAUAAAGAUGAGGGAUCAACCAGCACAUUAGCUUCAGAGGCGUCGACGAACAAGAAGAAGCAUGGCUUUUUGCACCAUCUUAGUCACAAGAAGAAAAACGAAGCUCCUAUAAACCAAGGGGAUAAUUCUCUGUUGGAAUCUUCGAAUUUGAGUAGAACGUUAUCUGCAUCAGGCAGUAUAAGUUCAGCUAAUAGCAAAAAGUCGCAGGGACUGAGGAUUAAAAAUAGCUUAUUUGGCAAGAAAAGACUUUCCAACUAA